CAACGCGCGACUGCUGGACAGUCAGUCUAGCCAGAAAGAUUGGGCGAUCGACAUUUUCCUCUCUAUUACGGCGCGGCCGAGAGGGCCCAAGAAGAUACUGCCUUAGCAAAUGAGCUUACGAAUCGAUGCAACAGGGAGCAAAGUCCCACUCGGCGUAGCCGUCGCGGCUUGAGACACGGUGGUAUGAUCGUUUGCGCUGCCAAAGAGGAGGGAUGGCCUCACCCGCCGGUUUAAGCAGUCCAACGUCUUCUGGUAUACCACGGGGCGGUUGCUCAAUUUCCCUAGCAAAAAAGUUCGAACAGCUGUUGGUUCUCUGUACUCGUAACAGAGAAGCCGUCUUCGACAAUUUCACUGACGCCUCAACUCUUCCCGCCCUACCGAGUCAUCUCUUCGCCCCAGUGGCAGGAGGACCAGGAAGUAACAACGGAAAUUAUCACCAGAGGUUCAUGGGUUCGACUCACCGCCCCAACAUGACCACAAACCAAUCAGUGUGGCCUCAACUAGGUGGCAAGGCCUCUCGCAGGUCCAAGGUCAUAUUUGGCAUCUUGAUCUUAUUUCUCGUAUCGUGGGCUUUCAUCUUGAAUUCGGACUGGAAUGCCAUCGGCGCCGGACUGAGCGUGCCCGGCUUACACGGCCAAUCGGCAAAUCAACCGGCGAACCAACUGGCGCCAGAGCCAGAGCCUAAACCCUUAAGCGCCGUUCUGUCGCCCAAUGAAAAGGGUGUUUUGCUAUCAGCGGGUAUGCCCAUCUUUACUUCUCCAAGAGGCCUGUACACUCUCGUCCUGCAAGACGAUGGAGAUCUCGUUCUCAACCGCAUGAACGCAGACGGGACCUCCCAUCCUGUAUGGUGGACUGGGACAGGUGAUAGGCACAACGGCGGGCAUACGCUUAUUGUUGAGAAGCAGAAGGAUCACUUUCGUAUUGCUGUCAACGCCUUCUUAAAGAACGCAUGGACAACAGUGUGGCAUAGUGAUCUGGUACCAGGGUGUGAAGUAGGAAAGGGCCAGAUCUCGGGACGCAACGAGAGUAGCCACUGGCUGCAAUUGACAGGGUCGUUGGCUAUGGUCCCUGGGCAAGUUGAGCUCUCAGACCAAGGAAGGCUCUCUAUUGCUGGAUUAUGCGACCUCUACGUCUCGCCAAAGGAACGCGAAAAGGAGCGCACCUUGGCUGUCAUUGUGACAGGCCUCUACAGGACAAGCCACGUGACCUGCAAAACGCACAUGGAACACCUUGUUGCUAAUAAUUCAUUCUUCUCAAGAAUCGAUGUUUUUGCCUACGUUCUCUUUGAGCCUGAAGACAUUGACAUAUACAACCGAACCGAGGAUUCUAUCCGGGCAGAAUUACGGAAGUGCUAUGGCUUGCACCUACGGUCUAUGGAUGUUAUGCCUGUGACUCGGGAAGAAGAGGACUAUCCUGGCGGAGAAAAGGCAAUGGAAGCGACAAUGUGUGGUAACAGGUUGCAGAGGCUUAACAACCAGUUAAAGACAAUAUCGUUUGCAGCAAAGCAGUGGUCAGCUUGGAGUAUUGCCAACGGAUAUAUUCAUGACACAGUGUUGCGUCUUCGUCCUGAUACAACGCUUAGGGCGAGGCCAAAUUUCAAGAGCUUAGAAGAGCUAGGCAGCAACACACUCGUGCUGCCGCACCCACAUGGAGAACACUACUUUUACUGCGCCCGGAUGCGUGGGCAGGUUGGUGUUGGACCAACUGACCAAGUCGCCUACGGUAGCGCGCUUGCCAUGAGCCACUGGCUGUAUAUGUACGACAAUUUCCAUCAAAUGGUCGAGCUCGCGGGAAGUCCUUCUGGACCGGCAAUGAGGGACUUCUCCGGAUGUGAGGUGAUGCCGCUGACUCCACUGGCAAGAGACUGCCCCACGCCCGCGCCGUGCUCAAUCGAAUGCCUGGUGGCUUGGUACCUUGAUGCUCGCGGAGUUGACUUCCGCAUCGAGUGGGGCUGGGAUCAUGGAUUGUUGCGGUGGAAAGAUAUAGAGCCUGUUGGUGCGGAAGCAGAGUGGAUGGCUAAUCUUGAUGGUGGUGGGCAAGAUCAAGAUGAUCGCAUGACAGGGCCUUGAGGAAACAAGAAGAUUUUAUUUCUUAUUCUUACUAAGGGGCGUGGGUGUCUUAGUUGUUUGUCACUUCAUUAUGGGAAAGCGUGGUGUUUAGGUAACAUUGAAUGCAUAGAGACUAGAAUAAACCAGUUUAAUCACAA